GAGUACAUUGCCAGUUACAGUAUAAGUACUUAUGUGAGUAUAUAGUAAUAUUUCGAUGUAAACACGUUAUAUGCAGUAUUGUUAUUGUUAAGUAAAAACUUUAAAAGAGAACGAAUUUGUUUACGAAAAUUACUGAAUUAUAAAUAUUACAUGUCUUGAUAGAAAAUUAUUCUAAAAGUGUAAAAUUUUAUUUGAAUAAAUAAAGAGAGUUAAAAAAAUGGGAGGUGGAGAUCUUAAUUUAAAAAAAUCAUGGCAUCCCUCAACGAUGAAAAAUAUGGAAAAAGUCUGGAAGGCCCAACAACAAGACAAUCAAGAGAAAAAAAAAAUUGCGGAAUUAAAAAGAGACAUAGAAUUAGAACGUGAAAGAGAGGAUUUAAAAAAGUAUGCAAUGGAACAAGGAACUAUUGAGAAAAAGGACGAUAAGAAACUUGAUUGGAUGUAUACGAAGCCACAAAAUUCUAUCAAUCGUGAAGAAUAUUUAUUAGGGAAAAAGAUUGAUAAAAAUUUUGAAAAAAUUGCUUCUGCGGAAAAAAAUUCAGAACGUAAUGAAUUACCUGGUAACCAUGUAGACUAUGAGUGUGUACCACCAUCAAUAAGAUCUUUUUCGGGAAACGAACAAGUGGAUUUGGCAAGAAAGUUACAAGAAGAUCCAAUGUUUGCUAUUAAAAAAAAAGAAAUGGAAUCAAGAAGUAAACUUUUACAAAAUCCAGUAAAGCUGAAAAAAUUACAAGAACUUGUAAAGAAUAAAUCAAGUUCAUCAUCUUCGCAACGUAGGUCAUCAAAAAGUGAUAAAGAUUCGGAUAGAUCAGCUAAAGAUAAGGACCACCGUCAAUCUCAUAAAAAAAUAAAGCUUUCGGAGAAAGAAAAAUUAAAACGUUUAAAAGCAAUGAUGGCUAAUGGAUCUUGGCGUGAGAAAGAACGGAAAAAUAAUGUCAAACGUUACAGAGAACAAGAUAAAUUAGAAACUUCUGAAAAAGAUUAUAAUCCUGAUUUUAUUAGAAAACAACUCGCUAAAGCAACAGAAGAAGCAACAGUCGCCUCAAGAAUCAAGUCAAAUGUAAAUAAUAUUCAAAGAUCUAACCGAAAUAUGGAUAGGAAUUUCGCCAGACGAUAAUAUGGACACAAUUACAAAAAGGAUUUUUAACAUUAAUUCUAAAAUUAUUAAUAUUUGUACUGAAUUUUUAUUUUGAUUGUCAGUAUAUAGAUUAAUUUUUACAAUCA